CAGUGGGAGCUAAAUUUGGCAGAGAGGUGAUCAGGUUCCCUCUCUGUGUGCACAUGAUACUGUCCUAGUUACAUGUCCCUUCCCACACUGUGUCAGUCUCUCGUUGGUUCCAGACACCUUCACUGAUCAUUUUCUUUAGAAGUAAGUCAGAACAGAGACAUCAAUAUAACUAAAGGACAUUUCAGAAGCAGGUUCCCCCUUUUGGACUUUAGUGUCUUUUCUUCGACUGAAUAUUUUUGGCCUGCUGCUGUGGAGCACCAGUCCUGUCUGUUGCUGAUCCUCUUGUUUCCCAGUUCUACUGCGACAGCUCCUGGCGGGAGGAAGAGACUGCUGACCCGCCAUGUUCCUCGCACUUGUGGUGACGCCAGAGUUGAGGAACUUCCUGGCCAGGGCGAGAGGUGGAGGGGUGCGCCUCAUCAAGGUGCGCAUCCAAGAUGAGCAGCUGGUGCUGGGCGCCUACAGAGAGCCAGAAAGGAGCUGGGAUGAGGACUAUGAUCACUUCCUGCUUCCUCUCCUCGACGACCUGGAGCCAUGCUAUAUCCUGUACCGCCUCGACUCCCAGAAUGCACAGGGCUACGAGUGGAUCUUCAUUUCUUGGUCUCCAGACCAGUCUCCAGUGAAACAAAAGAUGUUGUACGCAGCAACUCGUGCCACAGUGAAGAAAGAGUUUGGCGGUGGCCAUGUGAAGUAUGAGAUGUUUGGCACAGCUGAGGAGGACAUCUGCUUGCUGGGCUACCAGCGUCAUGUGUCAUCCUGCUCAGGUCCUGCCCCGCUCACAUUAGCUGAACAGGAGCUCCAAAGGAUCAAAAUCACAGAGGUGAAAACGGAGAACAGCGUAGAUAGUAAACACCAGACGCUUCAAGGCCUCGCGUUCCCUCUGCAGGAGUCGGCCAAAAGAGCUUUUCAGCAACUUGCCCAAAAACGUAUUAACUACGUGCAACUGAGGUUGGAUGUAGAGAAGGAGACAAUUGAUCUUGUCCACUCCAACCCGACAGAAACUCGGGAAUUGGCUCACAGAGUUCCCAAAGACACUCCCAGAUACCACUUCUUCCUAUACAAACACUCCCAUGAAGGAGACUACCUGGAAUCUGUCGUAUUUAUUUACUCCAUGCCAGGAUACAGUUGUAGCAUUAAGGAGCGGAUGUUGUAUUCAAGCUGCAAGAGCCGAUUAUUGGAGGAUGUGGAGAAAGAUUAUCACUUGGAAAUUUCUAAAAAGCUGGAGAUUGAUGAUGGAGAUGAACUGACAGAAGACUUUUUGUAUGAAGAGGUCCACCCCAAGCAGCACGCCCACAAACAGGCCUUUGCCAAGCCCCGCGGCCCCGCAGGGAAGCGGGGACACAAGCGCCUCAUUAAGGGUCCAGGAGAUAAAGUGCAGGACAGCUAGAGGAGGACACAUUUCUGAUAUGGUGGAGUCUGCAGUUCAAGCCAAUCCCAUCUCCCCCAGCCCUGCUAACUCCUCCUCAGGUCCAGUGGAGUGGACAUGGGGAUGGAUUUCCUCUGCUGUUUGUUGACUGAAAAACUUGAGCUAUAUUACAGAUUUGCUUUAAUGAACAAUUCUAAUGAAUGACCUUCAAACUUGUCACUUCUACAGACAACAAGUCCCACAAGCAUAUCAGACACAUAAAUCUAAAGCGGCCGCUGCCAUUGUGAAUUAAAGGUCUGGUUCUUCCAUACUUAAAAUAAGAUGUGUUAACUAGACUUGAAUUGUACAUGAGCAGUCUGAUGUUUCAGUUCUAAUUAGUAGUCUCUAAAAAAAGUUUUGUAUAAACAGAUUCACUUGAACACUUGAAAAGAUAUUCUAAAUAAAAUCGUGUUUAUACUGUG